UUAACAGAGAAGUCUUAUGUUUAAGAAACGGAAGUGUUGCUGGUCUGCAGUCCAGAAUGGUUCCCUAGCGACCAUAAACAGAAAACAAUGGAAGGCCGGGCUCAGGGACUGCAGCAUUCCAGAGGGGGCUUUGAAGGGAAGCCCUCCAAGACAUGCAGGGGUUGCUAGGUGCCAGAAGAGGAGGAGGCGUGAGUCUCUUGCUUGUGCUUCUCCUACAUCUGCAGUUGGGCUCCAGUACAUGCCCCUGCCACGACCCUUCCCUCUGCAAGCCCAUCUCAGGCAACAGAGACUUUGAGGUCUUUGUAUUUGACGUUGGGGAAACGACCUGGAAGUUCUACGACUGGUCGAAAAUUACAACAGUGGCAGCGUUUGGAAAAUAUGACCCUGAGCUUAUGUGUUAUGCUCAUUCAAAGGGAGCCAGGGUUGUUUUCAAAGGAGAUAUAUCUGUGAAGAAAAUUGUUAGCCCUGCUGCCAGAGCAGCCUGGAUAGGCCAACAAGUGAAAUUGGCCAAAAAGCGUUAUAUGGAUGGGCUCAAUAUAGACUUUGAACAAGAGGUUAAUAAGAGUUCAGCUGAAUAUAAUGCAUUAACAGAUUUGGUUAAGGAAACAACAGAAGCUUUUCACAAAGAAAUUCCAGGAUCACAGGUAACUUUUGAUAUAGGUUGGUUUCCAGAAUGCAUAGAGACAAGAUGUUAUAAUUACAGUGGAAUUGCUGAUUCCUGUGAUUUUGUGUUUGUGAUGUCUUAUGAUGAGCCAAGUCAAGUGUGGUCAAACUGCACAUUAAGAGGCAAUGCUCCAUAUCCACAGACCAUAGCUGGAUAUGACAAUUACCUUCUUAUGGGCAUUCAUCCAAAGAAGCUUGUGAUGGGCGUUCCCUGGUAUGGCUAUGAUUAUACCUGUCGACAUUUAUCUAAGGAUAAUGUUUGUUCCUUUGCAAAAAACCCUUUACAAGGGGCCCAAUGCAGCUAUACAGGCGGAAAUCAAGUCCCAUAUAGCAUAAUAAUGAAGCAAGCAAGGAAUUCUUCUUCUGGGAUCUUGUGGGAUAAGGUUCAGAAAGUUCCAUAUCUCGAAUACAAGGAUUCACAUAAUGCUUCUCAUCAAGUAUGGUUUGACAAUCCCCGGAGCAUUUCUCUGAAGGCAGCCUAUGUGAAAGAACAUGGUUUAAGGGGUAUUGGUAUGUGGAACGGGAAUUGUCUUGACUACUCUGGAGACUCUUUAGCGCAAGAGCAAACAAAAGCAAUGUGGGAGGUUUUGAAACCAAAGUGACUUCCAAGAGUGUGAGAGACAUAGAAUCUUAACAGCCAUUGGUGUUUAAUUUACUUAUUUCUUUCUGGGCAUACAGCAAUAACUAAUUGCACACAAAACUUUGAAAUGUAGAUGACAUUUACGUUGUCCUGCUCUCACUGUGAUAUUUUCACACAAUAGGAUGUAUUCCCAAUAGAUUCUGGUUGUUGCUGUUUAUUUAUUAUUCUAUAAAGGGGGAGAGUUACAUUAACCCUCUGUAUGUCAACUUAAGUUCCACAGAAGGGGUAACAAUGUAAUUACUAAAUAAAUAUCAGUCAAUCAAUCUAUCAGUCUUUAUUACGGUCACAGACCAGCAUAAAGUGUAAAGGUGAUUACAAGUUAAAAUGAGAGGAGAUAAAAGUGAUUACAUGUAAAAUGGUACAUAAUAAUAUUAAAAGGACUAAGAAUACUAAAAAUAGUAGAAACAGAAUCACACCUGAGAAAUAGUAAAAGUCAUUAAAAUGCAUUAAAAGCAUUAAAAAACAUUAAGUUGUAAGGCGUAAAAAAGGUGUAAAAAACCAGAAAUAUAUAAAAUAUAUGAAAUCCUGGGUAAUAAAACUAGAAAACAGCCGGAUUGAGGGUUACGAGGAGCAGUAAAAGGGAGGCACGUGAGCAAUUGCAAGGCCUGCCCAGAGUCACCAGGAGUCAGAUUAAGGUUGGUAGGACUCACUGCCCAUCAACCGCCGACGAAUGCUGAUCGCAGCCGCACAGUACCUGGCAACGCUAUAUGUGAUGGCAGGCUUAGAGUCAAAGAGUGGCAAGGAGCUGUAGAAUUGGCUCAGAUGACCUGGAUACUUGCUUAGCAGUGGCAGGAUAAGAGAGGCAAGUAUGUCUCUACAGAGCAAGCAGUAUAGGAGAACAUGCUCAGUAGUUUCAAUCUGCCCUAAGCCACAGGGGCAUAAUCACUCUGCAAGGGGGUCCUUCUAUAACGGCCUUCUAGCACUGCUGAGGGGAGGCCAUGGCAGCGAGCCAAAGUGAGCGCCCUUCUGUGGUUUGGAACCCUCAGUUGGGUGAGGUAUGCUGCUGAGGAGGAAGAAUAUCUAAGCCUGUCACUGAUAUGAAAUUUUUGAACUCUGCUGAGAUCAAUUUGGCACUUAAUGUCUAUAAUGUGCUGCUUGGUGGUUGCUUUUGCCUGAUCGUGGCCCAUUUUGAGCAAGGUCAGGGAGAAGAGGCCCAGAAUAGCUAUUUCGGUCUCAAUUGUCUGAAUCCAGUUAGAUUGGUAAUCACCGUGUAGGGUUAGGGGGGCAAGACCAAUUGGGCAAUAGGAUAGUCUGAGCCAAUAACAGGGAAUGGCCACCCACACCCUAGCCUCCAGCUUGAUCAGGCCUGUCUCCAGUUGCAGAGUGGCAUUCGAGACACAUCUCGGUACUUGUAGUGCUGCCCUCAGGAAUUUAGAUUGUACAAGUUUGAGAGUCGCAAUGUUGAGGAAAGGGCCCAACUGAGCACCAUAGAGAAGCUGAGCUUUUGACUUGGCUGUGAACAGCUGAAGAGCAGCGGGUACAUAAUGGCCUCCUCUUGUCCACAGGAAUUUGAGAAUGGCAGAGGAGCUUCUCUAGGCAUUUAAAGCUCCGUGUUCUCCAUGAACUUUCCUAGAGCCGCCAGAAUGAAAAACUACUCUCAAGUAUUUAAAUUGUGCAACUUGCUCAAUCUUGUGUCCCUCAAUCCACCAAGAGUGGAUCUUGGGCCUCCCGGCGAAGGCCAUAAUUUUAGUUUUGUGAAAGUUGAUUUCCAGGCAGUCCUCCCUGCAGUGCAACAUCAGGGUCCUCAGUGCUCUUCUAAGGCCAAUGGGAGUCCUUGAGAGGAUGGCUGCAUCAUCCGCACAUAGCAGGAUGGCAAUGUGUUUCCCUGCAAGCUUUGGAGGGUGGAAAUCUGGGUUGCUGAGCUGGCCCACCAUAGAGUUGAUGCAGAAACUGAAGAGGAGUGGGGCCAAAAUGCAUCCUUGUUUGACGCCCUUCUGAGUUGGUAAAGCUCUUGUGAGGUGGCCUUGAGGGCUAAAUAAAUAUCAUCAAGUAUGUUAUACAACUGUAGCUGAAGCUUAGAAUGUGAUUCAAAAUGUAUCCUAUAAAAACAACAGUUGAAGACCUGCUGAUUGAUGUAAAUAAAAUGAAGUACUA